CAAAGUAAUUUUCAUUUGAAAAGCAGCAAGGUUCGUAUCAUACCAAGGUCAACCUCAGCCUCAUUCCUGUUCAAAAACUUGGCAACCAAGCACACAACUGUAAAAUGGACUAUUUAACAAAGAAGACAUCAGGAUACGUAGAUUAAAAACUGAAUUCUUCCAUUCUUCAAUAGGUAAUCAAAACAAGAUUCAUCAAACUUCGAGAGAGGACGAGUGAGCUAGGUCACUCAUGAAACUCCAAAAGGGUAAUGUUGCCCUGAUGAAAAAGUUUACUCGGAAAACCAAACGCUUGUAGUACCAAUUAUCCUUCACUCAGGGAGCUUCAAAUCUCCCGAGUCUGCAAACAGAAAUGCUGUCCAAUUCAUCUGACGCAUUAGAUAGGUUAUGCUAUGUUUAUACUUAUAGAAAUGUCAGCAUCUCAUUUAACUAUUGGGCAACUCUGACGAACAGUGUUUUUGCGUUUCUUCUCGCUCCCAUGACAGCGACAGGGAAUGCUUUCGUUUUGGCAGCAAUUUGGAGAAACCCGGCGCUAAGGACUCCAUCCCAUGUGCUUCUUGCUGGAUUGGCCUUAACAGAUUUUUGCACAGGACUAUUAAGUAUGCCACUUCUAGCUGCGUAUAAGUUAGCACAUUUAAGGGAAAGCAGUAUGACAUGCACACUUGUUCUGAUUUCAUUUAGUGUCAGUAUGUUUUUUGCCUGCUUGACGGUCGUUGUCAUAGUGAUGGCUGCUGCAGAAAGAUGGCUAUGCAUGAGCAGGAGGUCUCUUCUUACAGUGCGCCGAGUUACCAUUCUUUUUACCAUAAUGGUGUGCUUGAUAACUGCUUUUGUAACUGUCCGCGUUAUCAGUUUUCGGUAUCUAUCGAAGGACAUAGACAAUUUGCUGAAUGGAGCUUUUUUGACGGCAGCGGCGAUUUGUAUUCUGGUUAUGGCAGUUUCUUAUUACAAGGUGUUUGGAAUAAUUCGUCACCAUCAAAAAGGAGUUCAAGCAAAUCAAAAUUCCAUUAAUAUUGCCAAGUACAAAAAAUCUAUAUUCACCGUUCUCUAUAUACUUGCUCUUUUUGUGAUCGGUUACAUCCCCUAUCUAGGUAGCGAGUUAACCUUUCACGUUUUGCAGGAAUUCGGAGACAUGUUCCUAACAUGCUCCAAUUUUACCUUGAUUUUUGUUUAUUUUUCCUCGCUAUUAAAUCCUUUGCUUUAUUGCUGGAGAAUUAAGGAGAUAAAGAUGGGUGUAAAAAAUUUAGUAGAAAAAUUACUUUGUAAACAAGCAGCAGAGAAUGAGGAAUAAUAAUAAAAUUCGUAAACUCCCUUGACAAGUUUUGCGUAGCAGAAUAGGUGAAAGAAAACUAUCAAAAACGAAUACUGAUGGUGUAAUUUACUUUUUAAGGACGCUUCCUAAGGAGACGGUUGUAGAUUUUAGAUUAUUUCGACUUGCAGGAAUGCUAAGGAUACUAGCCGAUUUUCUUGACUAUUAACUACCCUGAAAACGUUUUUCUUCUCAGUUACAAUGUUUAUUCAUGUUGAUUUGCCUAUCUAUCGUUCUUGAAAGCUGACCCUUUAGCGUCCUUUUUGCGUCCCACGCGCGCAUAAAAGGCAACCUUCUCGUCCUUUCUUCUGUUGUACUUAGUAAUUCGAAGGAUCCUGACCUCUGCUACAUUUGUAACUUUUGAAACCAUUGGCACAAAUGGGACCGAUAUGAAAGUUUAUUCAUUUAUUUUGCUUAGGUUUAGUUUUCUUUUAUUUUGAUUAGAUAAAGGUAGUCGAAAAUCUAUUGUACUGUGUACCUUU